CUUUCUUUCUGAUGGAUGAUUCGAUUUUCUGUUCUUCCUCUUGAUGUAGGCCUACAAAUACUGGAAGUCUUAUUAGGAGGAGGUUUUAAAAAGGAGUGGACUACGUAGCCUACAUGAUGCAGGAGGAGAGCAGCUGUCUGUCCCAGCACUAUGAGGAACAGGUGCGGCCUUGCAUUGACCUGGUGGACUCCCUGAGAUCUCUGGGAGUGGAGCAGGACCUGGCUCUGCCUGCCAUCGCUGUCAUAGGCGACCAGAGCUCAGGGAAGAGCUCAGUGCUGGAGGCCCUCUCUGGGGUGGCACUGCCCAGGGGCACAGGCAUCGUUACGCGCUGUCCACUGGUGCUAAAGCUGAAGAGUGUCAGUGCUGUUGGCACGUCUUGGCGUGGAGUGCUGUCGUACCAGAAACAGAAAACAGAAAAAAUCACAGUGGAGCUCAGUGACCCUGCAGAAGUUGGCAAUGCUAUCAUCAAAGCCCAGAAUGCUCUCGCAGAGGGGAAAGACAUCAGCCAUGAGAUGAUCAACCUGGAGAUCCAUGGGACCAACGUUCCUGAUCUGACUCUUAUCGAUCUGCCAGGCAUCGCUAGAGUUGCCACGGGCAACCAGUCACAUGACAUCGAAGAAAAGAUUAAGACACUGAUACAGAAAUUCAUCAAAAAGCAAGAGACCAUUAAUUUGGUUGUGGUACCGGCAAAUGUUGACAUCGCCACCACUGAGGCUCUGAAGAUGGCUAAAACAGUGGACCCAGAUGGGCAAAGAUCUCUGGGCAUCCUGACAAAACCAGACCUGGUGGACAAAGGUGCAGAGGAGGGCGUAGUGAACACUCUCAGAAACGAAGUCAUCCCACUCAAGAAAGGAUACAUGGUGGUGAAGUGUCGAGGCCAACUGGACAUCAAUGACAACAUGACUCUGACCAAAGCCCUGGACAAAGAGAGGAAGUUUUUCACGGAUCACACCCACUUCAAUAUUUUCCUAGAUGAAGGAAGAGCCUCAAUUCCCCAUCUGUCAGAAAGAUUAACCAGGGAGUUGGUAUCUCACAUCAAUAGAUCCCUUCCCAAAUUAGAGAAACAGGUGAAAGACAAACUGGAGAAGACGUCUGUAGAGCUGAAACAUCUGGGACAAGGAGUGCCUCAAGACGAAGCUGAACGGCAUCUCUUCCUUGUCGAAAAAAUUACCAGAUUCAACAAGGCUCUCACCGACAUAGUCAGGGCAGAGGAGGAUACCAGUGACUAUCAGCCUCGCGUUUUCAGCCAAAUCCGAAAUCAGUUCAAUGUUUGGAAGCAAAUACUGGACAAGAAAGCCACAGAGUUAAGGCAGCAUUUGUGUGAUGAGGUGGUUCAAUUCAGAUCACAGAGGGGAAAAGAGCUGCCUGGUUUCGUGAGCUACAGAACGUUCGAGGGCAUAGUGAAACGACAUGUGGAGGAACUGGAGGAGCCAGCCAAAGAGCUUCUUCAAAAUACUACUGAGAUCAUUUCCACUGCUGUGAACAAUACCAGCAAGAGCUUCUUUGAGGCGUUUCCCAAUCUGCUGAGGGCUGCCAAGGAUCCUUUGGAGGACCUGAAAGAUCAGGAGUAUGAGAAGGCAGAGGAGAGACUGACGUCACAGUUCAAGAUGGAGAGAAUCAUCUACUCCCAAGACGGCCUUUACAGUCGCCAGUUACAAACUGUGAAGUCCAAAAUUAAUAUGAAGGCGUCCAUCGAUGCUGACAUUUCUGAGAUGACCUAUCAUCUUCUUGCCUACUUCACAAUCACGUCAGAGCGCCUAGCCAAUCAGGUGCCCCUGGUUGUGCAGUACCACAUGCUGGAAGAGUACACCACCAGGGUAGGCAUGGCCAUGAUGAGCCUGAUAAAGCAUAAGGACGCCGACAGCUUCAUCCAAGAGAAUUCUCACAUUGCCAAGAAGAGGAAUUAUCUGCUGGGCAGAAUGGAACGUCUCAGGAAGGCACGCCGGCUUCUGGCCAAGUCUGUGCCCACUAUUUAGCUGUCAGAGGGGUUUUAAAACCAUGUAAAUGGGUUGCAGUUACUAAGUGUCACUGUUACGUUAUUGGGUUUAAUGGCUGAAUGGGUUGGAUGGCUUAUGUUUGUGCUUUGUGUCUAGUAAGUUACCAGGUUUUUAAAUCAGGAUUUACAGUAUUUUGGUUACUUGACGUUUAUUUUGUUGUUGUUGCAGACGUGUAGCUGAAAAUGUUUUGAGCAAACAUACUUGUCCACCUAGGAAGAAUAGGUAUGCAUUAAUGACCGCAUUGUGUUUUGUUUCCUUCGGGAUUAAUAAAAGUACUCUACUCUACUCUACUA